AUGGAUGAACUCUCCCACACAGGCUUGGAACUUGAGCUCCUGCACGAGCCUGUAUCCUCUUGGGCUGCAGACCUCCCCACCAACUCCUUCCACUCUCCAGUACUCUUCCUAGACCAAUUGGACCUGAGCCCUCCUCCGCUAAUACAACCAAGUGAUCGGUUCAUGAUGGUCGUGCCUGCCUGUGUCCUUGUCAUGGUGCUGCAAUGCAGAAUCCUUGUGAUUUUCUCAGUCAUCGCUGAUCUACAGCACACCACACCAUAUGGUACACUGGAAUCUGAGGUGCAUGAUCAAGUCUCAGAUGUCUUCAAGCUCACACCCAUUGAAUAUGAGGAUGCACUGCACUGGUUGCUCCAUGAGUUUUAUAUCGUCUCCCCUUUGGGUGAUGGUCGACUGCAAAUAACCCAGCUUAAUGUGUUUAUGGAGGUGGUGCCCCUUUAUGUCCAGAACUCUGAGUUUUCUAUUUGUCUGAUCGAUGACAUUGUGUUUGUUGCCUGCAUUCACCCAGUGCAGCACUUCAAGUUUGGUAAUGUGCUUCAGUUGUGUCACGCCAUCUCUGAGAGCAUGACAAAAAUGGUAGACUGGUCUGUGACUGGCAAAUUUGGUGGGAGCUGGGCGAGGCAAGCAUUGGUCAAAGGGUUGUAUGGGUAUAAGGGGUUGGCACAAUGCUCUGCUAGUCGCCAGGCUGAGUUGGAUUGCGACAUUGAUGGCCUGAUAGGAUAUCUCCUGUCCCACUCCAGUACUAGAGAGCAUGCCCUGUUGGUAGAACACCACAACACUGCCUGGUAUCAUGAUAAGCAUGUCCCCUAUGGUAUGCAAGCUGGUGAUGACAUCAAAUAUGUCAUUGUUGAUGGACUCGCACAAUCACUUCAAAGCUACCUGUUGGACACACAAUAUUUAAGUCAUUUGGAGCAUGAUCUCCUCCAGUAUACAUUAGAUGACAUAGUUCAGCAGUAUAGUCGCCAAUGA